CUCUUCAGCCUUCACACCUGCUACAUGCCCGGCGCCUACUCUUCCUCCAUGAUUAUUAUUCAUGCUCUCCUGCUCCUCGUGCUAAUUCCGCUCGCCGCAGCACAGCCGUGGACCAACUGCGGCAGAGGCCAAGGCAACUACUCGGCAGGCAGCACAUACGAGACCAAUCUUCUAGACCUCCUCGGCACCCUCCGCCAUAACGCCUCCUCGUCGCCGACCCUAUUCGCCAAAGGAUCCCUCGGUGCCGCGCCGGACACUGCCUGGGCCCUGAUUCUCUGCCGAGGCGACGUCAGCGCCAGGAUGUGCUACGAGUGCGUCACCUGGGCUGGUCACGAGGCGGCCACAGCCUGCAACCGCAGCAGGGACGUGGCCCUCUGCUACGACCAGUGCUACGUCCGCCUAGCCGACCACAACUUCUUCGACCCCAACGGCAACUCCGGCGUGGUAUCGUCCGUGAGCGCUCUAGGUAUCACCAACGGGGACGUCGUCGGCUACGACUGGGCCCUCACUGACCUGUUAAGCUCCAUGGUGAAGUAUGCGGUGGACAACUCCUCCAGGAUGUUCGCCAUGGGGUAUUCGGCAGGGACCGAGCCGGGGUUCCACGCGAUCUACUCGGCGGCGCAGUGCGCGGUGGACCUGUCGCGGCCGCAGUGCCGAAACUGCCUACAAGGCCUCAUGGGCAUGUGGCGGACCACGUUCCUGCGGAACACGCGGGGCGCGAGGCUGGCUGGUCCGCGCUGCACCUUGAGGUCCGAACUAUUCCAGUUCUUCAAUGACAGAGAUUCCAGGUUCCCGUCCAACACCGGAUCCUCCGGGCCCGUCGCCGUGGGACCAGCAGCUGGUACGAGAGUGAGCCUUUCUUUGGCACUCAGGAAACGAUAAGUGCAAGGUGUGCCUUUCUCUAACUCCUGUUGUAUUUCGCAUUCGCCCACUUAUCAUGUAUAGAGGAAGCUUCAUAGUUACCUUCAUUUUCUCAAGCUCCUCCUUUAUCAAUAACACUCGUUAGACGACAAUUAUUUGAUCAAUGAAUACUACAGCCAGUUCAGACCAUGAAUUUACUCAAAGUAAAUCUCUC